UUAUCGUUAAAUAUGCAAUCCGAACUAGAUUUACUCAAACAAGAGAAUGCCAGACUUAUGACUAGAAUCUCGGAACUGGAACAAACUGUGAAAGAAAAAGAUGAGCUUAUGGCUAGAAUUGUGGAAUUGGAGCAGACUGCAAAGUUAAGUCAAACGGAAAAUGUCGAGCUCAAGGCUGAAAUUGCUGAAUUGAGACGAGCUGUUAAGAAUAUUGAAAAGCAAAAUCGAAUAGUUACUAAUGAUUUAAAAUCUCCGGAAUAUUCCACUCCAUUACCUAACAAGA